AGUAUAGUUACUGCUAAUGAAUCAUUCCUAUGUUCACGCAUACACAGAAUAUAGCAUUUACAGAGAAAUCAGCUGUUUCAUUGUUUUUUAUCGAAUAUUAAUAUUAGUUUUCUUAUCUUCUAUUGACCUAUACUGAUUAUUAAAAUGAAUAGUUCAUCAGAUCCUAGACGUCCAGAACGAGAAGUACGAUACAAACCCAGUGUGUCAAGCAGCCAAAUGCAACCUGGUGAUAAUUCAACACCAGAUUACAUGAAUAUACUUGGAAUGGUCUUUAGUAUGUGUGGUUUAAUGAUGAGAUUGAAAUGGUGUGCAUGGGUUGCGUUAUAUUGUUCUUGCAUCAGUUUUGCCAAUUCAAAAGUGAGCGACGAUACUAAACAAAUUCUUAGUAGUUUUAUGUUAUCCAUAUCUGCGGUUGUAAUGUCAUACUUGCAAAAUCCACAACCAAUGACUCCACCUUGGGCAUCAACAAUGCAAUAAAAUUGUUUAAAAUUCCUUCAAU